UUCUUUUUGUUUCUCUAAUAUUUCACUUUUUUUCAAAUUCCUUUCUCAUUUCAAUUGAGAGAGGAAAAAUUUAGAGAGACAAACAUAUAAUUGUCUCUUUUUUUUUCAUCAUCUUAUUAUUUUUUUUUUGAUUCCCGACAUAUUUUUAUUAUACAUAUACUUUUUUGAAAUUCUCUCUUUAUAUUGAUAUUUUUAUUUGAAAUUCUCUCAAUACAUUUAUAUUAAGAACAAAUGGGUUGUGGGGAAUCAAAGCAUGCAGUUGCCACCACUGAGUCAUUAUCAAAAAGAAAAAAAUUCAACUCUAAAAGUAGCAAAAAACUUGAAAGUAUCAAAGUACCUUGCGAAACAAAAGUGUCAAAUAUUGAUGAUAAUGUCGCUAUUUCAAAAUCGACAUUAAAAAGCGUUGAAAAACAAGAUGAUUCCGUUAACCUAGGUAAUGAUCAAAGUGUAGUUAAAAAUGCAUUAGAGAAUAAUGCAUCUACAUCAAAUCAAACAAAAGUGUCAAAAGUUGAUGAUGAUGUCGAUAUUAUCCCAAUAUCAUCAUUGGAAAGUGUCGAGAAUCAAGAUGAUUUCAUAAACCUACGUAAUGAUCAAAAUGUAGUUGAAAGUACGGAAGAGAAUAAUGCGUCAAAAGUGUCAAAAGCUGAUGAAAGUGUCAAUAUUAUCCCUAUAUCGACGGUGGAAAGUGUCGAUAAACAAGAUGAUUCCAUUAACCUAUGUAAUGAACAAAAUGUAGCUCAACAAGUGGAAGAAAAUAAUGCAUCUAAGUUGGACGAAGAAGAAGCAAGUGAAAAUCGAGAAGUUAUAGAUGUGCAACCAAUCAUGGAGGAAAGCAAAGAUAUAGUAAGCGAAAAUCAAGAAGUUAUAGAUGUGCAACCAAUCAUGGAGGAAAGCAAAGAUAUAGAGGAACAAGAGCAACAAUUAUCAGUUGAUGAAACUAUACCUGUCUCAAAUGAUGAGGGAGAUAAGCAAGAAAACGGAGAAAUCAAAGAAGAGACGAUCAAAGAAGACGAGAUCGAGAAACAAAAUGAUUUGAUUGAGGAAGAUAAUCAAUCAAGUAAGAUUGAUGAAGAUGUAGUUAAAGAUGAUAGCAUGGUUGAAGGAAAUGUUGAUUCAAGCACAACUAAUGAGGAGGUAAUCAAUGCAAAUGAGGAAGAGAAACAAGAUUUGGUUGUGGAAGGUGAUCAACCAAGUAAAAAUGAAGAAGAAAUUGUUGAAAAUGGUAAUGUUGAGAAUACAAAUGAGGACACUAAAGAAUCAAAAGUUGAAAGAGCCUCCAUUGAAGAAGCAACCAUACCUGAAGCUCAGCCAGAUCAAGAUGAUGUCAAGAACACCAUGACUGUUGAAACCCCAGAAAAUUGAACUAAAGAUGGAUCAAAAACUGUGGGGGGCUUCGCAAAGAGCGGAUAGCAGAUAGCUGAUUGAAGUGACUGAUUUCGCAAGCUGAUUUUAUUAAGUGGUUUGACCAAUUGAUUUAAAACAAGCGUCUUAGAGCAGAUUGUUCAGAGAUUGCUGAUAUGGCAAUAAGUUAUUUUAACCCUCUAAAUUAUCAAACACUAGCAUUAGAUGGUUUGACCACCAACCCAACUAUUUUAGCCAAAGUAAGCUAAAAAUAUCUCGUAAACUAUUUCACCAAACACCCUAAUAUUUUUUUGCAUCAUUUCUUUAAAAAACUAGGAUAAGAAGCCUAUAUUAGUUGUGUAUCUUAAUGUUAUCAGCAAUUCUUCAAUAAAGUCAUGUACUUAUCUACCACGUAUUGUAUGAUCACUUUUUUUUGUUAUGAUGUUAAGUAUGGUUAAAGGGUAAUCCACUGCAAUGAUACAAAUUCAACCGUUUGGUUACUUUAUUAUGAAACAAUAAUGAGCCACUGUUUUCUUAUCAAAUUAUAUGUUAAAAUGAAAAUAAAAUGUGUCAUUCAGUUUAGUGGGUGAAAAUUUUUAUGCUUUUCUUUUCGAGUAAUUAUUGUUUGGGACUAUUUUAUGGUGUAGUAAAAUUAUAAAAUAACUCAAAUUCAAUGAUAAAUGAAUGUAUAUGGAUUUUGAUAUUCAAAAUGACGUGUUAAAUGUUAAAUAAACAAAAAUUAAUAAUAAGUAUGCAAGUGGAUGUUUUGAUUAAUAUACUUAGAUUUUUUAUUUAG